UCGUGCUAUCAUCAUGGAAUGUCACUAUCUUAGAGAAUUCAUGAAACAAAAUAAAUAUUUGGUGACGAACGAACAAUUGUUUCUUUACUUGGAGCGACUUAUAGGUCCAAGGAAAUCCGAGAAAUCUAUCUUAACUGUUCAAGAAAUCUGUCAUGAGAUCGCCAAAGGUAAACUGCAUGGUAUAAAAGAACUGAGUAAACGCUAUAAAGAAUGGGACCUAUCUACAUUGGAUUUUAUCAACCAAAGGAUAAAAUUGUUGAGCCAUUUCGAUCUCUAUACUGUACUCGAAUAUCUUCACUAUAGAUUUGGAUGUCUGAAUACUAAGACAGAAAAGUAUGAGGUGUACGCGUCAAUAUUGAAAAUAUUGAAUCAAUUAAAUGUGGGGACUAUGCAUACUUUCUUAUUAAAAUACGUGAUGCGGCAUUUUGACGAUAAUCGUUUAGAAUAUCUGUACGACGAACAAUACUUCGAUGAAUUUAUACAUAAUUCAUGCAUCUCCUCAUUGCGUGAAUUAACUCCGACAUUGUCGAGUAUUAACGAUUACCGUAUCCUCUUAACCUUUAUUCUAUUAAACCCGAAGGAAGUGUUAAGCAAGUUAGUCAUAUAUGAGAUGAGCACAUUUCCCAAUACUGUUUUGUUCAAAAACAGUACGCAUUUCUUGCGAAUGUAUUAUAAUUUGCACAAGGAUUGUAACAUACAAACCGUGUUAACGUCUAUUUUAAGGAACAUUAUACUUUUUCAACAAGGAGUGAUAAGAGAGAAUACACGGUUUAUACGUUUCAUGGAUAAUGUGCUGCACCAUCAGAUGAUGAAUGCGAAUGAUGUAAUAAACGAAAUCUACAUCGAUUAUCUGAUCAAUUGUAGCCAGGGGAUGAAUCUUGAGAGGAGAAAUGUAUAUACCGAUGUAAUCUUAUCACACAUACAAAGUAUCUUGAGAAGACAACUCUACACGUGUAAUAUUAAGUCCGCAUUGCUAGUAACAAUAUUGGUCAAGAUGACAUCACUGCUAAGAGGAUGCAACACAAUUUCAAAAUAUAUUCUGUACCAGCGAGUUGAAGUUAUAAAUGAUAUAAUAAGCAAUCUGCAAUUGAAUGUAUUGACAGAGAAGCAGAACAAUGACCUAUACGCAGUCGAUACAUGUGUACAGCCGCUCGAUAUAAGAAAAUUACAUCCUGGAAAGCGUACGCUGGAAAUAAUCCAGGAAUACGAGACACGUUGCUUAAGUCUGAAUGAACGUUUGCGCACGAAUCCGCGAUGCCAUCCCAAGUUGCGCAGUUACAUGCAAUCCUUCGAUCUCAAUCGAGAGGCUUUUAUACGUCACAUGAUAUUGCAUUCCUUUGCGGGGGAGUACAAAAUGUACAUGAUGGAUUUGACGUUUAGAUUUUGGUACCACCUCGGUUGGACCAACCAGAGGAUGGCAUACGAGAACGUAAUGCGCAUCACCGCUGAGGCGAUGCUGAUCGUUUUGGUAUAUGCAGAGACAUUUUAUAAGGACACAUUUAUACUUUUGCUGUACUCAAUCGUAAAUUACUGUGAAAGCGUAACAAGGAAGAUGACGUGCGACAAACACAAAACGAUCCGCUGUAUUCUGCUGAGGACACUGUCCUCCAUGGAAAGUAUUGUCAGCAAAACGUACUAUGCCAGAAUGUACAAUCAUUUACUCAAGCGCAUCCAAAAUUUAGAACCAAGAUUGUACCAAGAUUUGAAUAGAAACACAUACUUCAAGCAAAUCCGCGAAAUGAUAAACGAAUACGUUGAUGAAUACGAUUUUCAGACAACGCCUUUAGUAAACACAGAAUGUAUUUGUGAUAAAAAUUUCACUUGCACAUAUCAUGAUUUUCUAAUCAAGAAAAAAAUCGCAGAGAUGUACAAUGCGUACAAGUUCGUAUGCGGGCCAAGCUACAGAAAGUUAGAGUAUGCUACAGAGAUUCAAUAUUUCGAGCGAUUCCAGCGUAAUUUAUGCCCGGACGAGUAAAUUAAUUAUCUUUUUAUUACGCUUGUUAAAGCAUGGAAAAAAUAUUUGCAUAAUCUUUUCUAGGAUAGAGCAGAACGAUACUAUUUUUUCUCAAUGUCCCAAUCAGAAUUAUAUUAUAAUAUACCUUAAUAUUUUUUCUCUGUUAAUAUAUUUUAUAAAAUAUUUUGUGCAUAACACUGUUUAUGCACAAAAUAAAAUUACAGCAUAUAUUGAGUGUGUAAAUACUUUUUCCGUCUUUAUACAAUAUUGAUAAUUAUUUUUUAUGAACUACAUUUUAUAUUAAUCAUUUCGUAUUUAAAUAAUCAUUCGCAAAAUUACGUGUUAUUUUGAUCAAACAUUUUUAAAAAUUCUAUAAAAUUUUUUUUAUAACAGAACAAAUAGAAAUACAAAAAU